AUGGCUCCAACUGCUUUUGUCUCUGGUGCUACUGGAUUUAUCGCUCAACACAUUGUUAAGCAAUUACUUGAGAAAGGAUACAAUGUUGUCGGUUCAGUAAGAUCCGAAUCUAAAGGGGAAAAGGUAAAAAAGAACUUUGGCUCAAACUUCUCUUAUGAAAUUGUCGAAGAUUUGGAGACCGAAGGUGCCUUCGAUAAAGCUUUGAAGAAACACCCAGAAGUGACUGUGUUCCUCCAUACAGCUUCUCCUAUUACAUUUCAUGCUGAAGAUAACGAAAAAGAUAUAAUUUUACCUGCUAUCAAUGGUACAGUCAACGUAUUGAAGGCAAUUAAAUCGUCCGCUCCGCAAAUUACUAAGGUUAUUAUUACAUCUUCGGGACUCACUCAAAUUAACGGAGUAGAUCCUAACUCAGCUCCAGAAGAUACAUGGAACAGUAUUUCGUACGAGCGUGCUAAGCAAGAUACCAUGUCUGCUUACGUCGGAUCCAAGGCCUUUGCAGAAAAGGCGGCAGUCGAAUUUGUUGAGAAAGAGAAGCCCAGUUUCUCUGUAUCCUCUAUUCACCCUGUGCUUGUUUUUGGACCUCAAGCGUACGAUCUGGAAGCUAAGGGAGAAUUAAAUAUCACCAAUACCUUUAUAAGUGGAUUACUAAAGUUGAAAGCAAGCGAAGGAGCUGAGCUCCCAAAAUCUGAUGGUCGUUUUAUUGAUGUAAGAGAUGUUGCUGCUGCUCAUUUGAUUGCUAUUGAAAAACCUACCAAUGGAUUGAGAGUUCAGGUUCGCAGUGGAGGGUAUACUAAUCAAACGUUAUUAAAUAUUUUAAACAAGAAUUUUCCAGAAUUGGAUCUUAUCAAAGGAUCACCAACUGAAAAUUUAGUCGGAGAUGAUAGCGCAAAUCACUCUAAAUCUAGAGAAUACUUGGGAAUGAACUAUAUUGGAUUAGAGAAAAGUGUUGUUGACACCAUCAAGCAAUAUCUUGAAGCAAAUAAAUAG